AAUUCAGAAGUGUCAAUCAAAACAGAGCUAUCCUUGAAGUACACCACCGGUACUGAGCAGGUGUGGGCUAAGUGCAACAUCGGUACUGAGCAGGUGUGGACUGAGUACAACACCGGUACUGAGCAGGUGUGGACUGAGUACAACACCGCUAGUGAGCAGGUGUGGGCUGAGUGCAACACCGGUAGUGAGCAGGUGUGGGCUGAGUACAACACCGCUAGUGAGCAGGUGUGGACUGAGUACAACACCGGUAGUGAGCAGGUGUGGACUGAGUACAACACCGGUAGUGAGCAGGUAUGGACUGAGUACAACACCGGUAGUGAGCAGGUGUGGACUGAGUACAACACCGGUAGUGAGCAGGUGUGGACUGAGUACACCACCGGUAGUGAGCAGGUGUGGACUGAGUACACCACCGGUAGUGAGCAGGUGUGGACUGAGUACAACACGGGUACUGAGCAGGUGUGGACUGAGUACAACACCGGUAGUGAGCAGGUGUGGGCUAAAUACAACACCAAUAGCGAGCAGGUGUGGACUGAGAACAACACCGGUAGUGAGCAGGUGUGGGCUAAGUGCAACACCGGUAGUGAGCAGGUGUGGACUGAGUACAACACGGGUACUGAGCAGGUGUGGACUGAGAACAACACCGGUAGUGAGCAGGUGUGGACGCUUACUCCAAACCUUACACCCCCUCGGGACACCUGA